CGGCGAGCGACGAGCGGCACAAGAGUCCGGCGCCGGGGCAAGCAAGAUCAUGCAGAAUCUGAAAUGGAGCAAUCUAACACACCACCAGCUGCUGAACCAUCUGUGGAUAAGACACUUAUAGUCAAAUCCCCAUCUUCACUACCAGGUUCUCAGGACCAGUCACCUGUCACUGAAUUUCCUACAUCCUCUCCAUCGGAACAGCCAAAGGUGUAUGAAGACCCCUUUGAAAUCUCUGCUAAGUACAUGGAGAAACACAAAAUCCUGAACAUAUUUCAGGAGAUCACAGAAAAACUGGUGUAUGAGAAGCCCGAUGACCCCUUGCAGUUCAUGUUGGUCCAGGUGCAGUCUAUGAUAAAUGCCAGGGAGGCAGGCACGUCGGAGGGAAUGUUGGAGGAGGACGAAGAUGAGAUGUUUCUGGAAGAGGUCCUAUGAGCUUCUUUUGGCCACUACUGAACCUUGCUAUUGCGGUAUUGCAUGGGACCUUCACAUCACCUUGCUCCUAUAAUCAUUGGCAGUA